AUGGAGGCCACCGGGCUCAGCCGACUCCGCUCUCCCCUCGGGCAGAUCCUGGACGUGCGGGAGAACCCCAGCCUGGUCAUGCCCCCCAAACCCGCCGACCGCGCUGCUGAGUGGUACAACAUCGACUUCUCGCUGCAGAACCAGCUGCGGCUGGCCGGGGCCUCCCCUGCCACAGUGGCCGCGGCGGCGGCGGCUGCAGGGAGCGGGCCCAAGGACCCUCUGGCUCGCAAGAUGCGGCUGCGGAGGCGCAAGGACUCGGCGCAGGAUGACCAGGCCAAGCAGGUGCUGAAGGGCAUGUCCGACGUGGCCCAGGAGAAGAACAGAAAGCAGGAGGAGAACGUGGAUGCCCGGGCCCCUGGGGGCAAGGUGCGGCGCUGGGACCAGGGCCUGGAGAAGCCGCGCCUCGACUACUCCGAGUUCUUCACGGAGGACGUGGGCCAGCUGCCCGGCCUGACCAUCUGGCAGAUCGAGAACUUCCUGCCGGUGCUGGUGGAGGAGGCCUUGCAUGGCAAGUUCUACGAGGCCGACUGCUACAUCGUGCUUAAGACCUUCCUGGACGAGAGCGGCUCCCUGAGCUGGGAGAUCUACUACUGGAUCGGCGGGGAGGCCACCCUCGACAAGAAGGCCUGCUCGGCCAUCCACGCCGUCAACCUGCGCAACUACCUGGGUGCCGAGUGCCGCACGGUGCGCGAGGAGAUGGGCGACGAGAGCGAGGAGUUCCUGCAGGUGUUUGACAACGACAUCUCCUACAUCGAGGGCGGGACGGCCAGUGGCUUCUACACCGUGGAGGACACGCACUACGUCACCAGGAUGUACCGCGUGUACGGGAAAAAGAACAUCAAGUUGGAGCCGGUGCCGCUGAAGGGGGCCUCCCUGGACCCCAGGUUUGUGUUCCUGCUGGACCGAGGGCUGGACAUCUCCGUGUGGAGGGGGGCGCAGGCCACGCUGAGCAGCACCACCAAGGCCAGGCUCUUUGCAGAGAAGAUUAACAAGAACGAGCGGAAAGGGAAGGCGGAGAUCGCGCUGCUGGCGCAGGGCCAGGAGCCCCCCGAGUUCUGGGAGGCGCUGGGUGGGGAGCCCUCUGAGAUCAAGAGGCACGUGCCCGACGACUUCUGGCCGCCUCAGCCCAAGCUGUACAAGGUGGGCCUGGGCCUGGGCUACCUGGAGCUGCCGCAGAUCAACUACAAGCUCUCGGUGGAGCACAAGAAGCGGCCCAAGGUGGAGCUGAUGCCGAGGAUGCGGCUGCUGCAGAGUCUGCUGGACACGCGCUGCGUGUACAUCCUGGACUGCUGGUCCGACGUGUUCAUCUGGCUGGGCCGCAAGUCCCCGCGCCUGGUGCGCGCCGCCGCCCUCAAGCUGGGCCAGGAGCUGUGCCGGAUGCUGCACCGGCCGCGCCACGCCGCCGUCAGCCGCAGCCUGGAGGGCACCGAGGCGCAGGUGUUCAAGGCCAAGUUCAAGAACUGGGACGACGUGUUGUCGGUGGACUACACGCGCAACGCCGAGGCCGUGCUGCAGGGCCCGGGGCUGGCCGGGAAGGUGAAGCGGGACGCCGAGAAGAAGGAGCAGCUGAAGGCCGACCUCACCGCGCUCUUCCUGCCGCGCCAGCCGCCCAUGGCGCCGGCCGAGGCCGAGCAGCUGAUGGAGGAGUGGAACGAGGACCUGGACGGCAUGGAGGGCUUCGUGCUGGAGGGCAAGAAGUUCGCGCGGCUGCCCGAGGAGGAGUUCGGCCACUUCCACACGCGGGACUGCUACGUCUUCCUCUGCAGGUACUGGGUGCCCGUGGAGGACGAGGAGGAGGAGAAGGAGGAGGACGAGGAGGGGGAGAAGGCGGCGGCCGAGCAGAGGCCCCCGGAGGAGGACUUCCAGUGCAUCGUGUACUUCUGGCAGGGCCGCGAGGCCUCCCACAUGGGCUGGCUCACCUUCACCUUCAGCCUGCAGAAGAAGUUCGAGAGCCUCUUCCCCGGCAAGCUUGAGGUGGUGCGCAUGACGCAGCAGCAGGAGAACCCCAAGUUCCUGUCCCACUUCAAGAGAAAGUUCCUCAUCCACCGGGGCAAGCGGAAGGCGGCCCAGAGUGCCCAGCAGCCGAGCCUCUACCAGAUCCGCACCAACGGCAGCGCCCUCUGCACCCGGUGCAUCCAGAUCAACACGGACUCCAGUCUCCUCAACUCCGAGUUCUGCUUCAUCCUCAAGGUCCCCUUUGAGAGUGAGGACAACCAGGGCAUCGUGUAUGCGUGGGUGGGCCGGGCAUCUGACCCCGACGAGGCCAAGCUGGCGGAGGAUAUCCUCAACACCAUGUUCGACGCCUCCUACAGCAAGCAGGUCAUCAACGAGGGCGAGGAGCCCGAGAACUUCUUCUGGGUGGGCAUCGGGGCGCAGAAGCCGUAUGACGAGGACGCCGAGUACAUGCAGCACGCUCGGCUCUUCCGGUGCUCCAACGAGAAGGGCUACUUUGCAGUGACCGAGAAAUGCUCGGACUUUUGCCAAGACGACUUGGCAGAUGAUGACAUCAUGUUACUAGAUAAUGGCCAAGAGGUGUACAUGUGGGUGGGGACCCAGACGAGCCAGGUGGAGAUCAAGCUGAGCCUGAAGGCCUGCCAGGUGUACAUCCAGCACCUGCGCUCCAAAGAGCACGAGCCGCCCCGCCGCCUGCGCCUCGUCCGCAAGGGCAAUGAGCAGCACACCUUCACCCGCUGCUUCCACGCCUGGAGCACCUUCCGCCAGGCCCCGGCCUAGCCCGCGUGGGGCAACGGCGCAGCCUCCACGCACUGCCUGCCGUGAUGAGACGUGCCAGGCCCCCGCCCACCACGGGGAGGCCUGAGUGUGAGCCCCGUGUGAAGCCCCCCAGGGAUAAAGCAGUUCUCACUUGCUAAGAGAUAGUAAAUGCCUUUAUUUUCAGUAUUAAAAAGCAGUACUUUUAA